CUUGAGAAAAAACGCUAUAUAAGGAAACCGAAUCAAACCCAAGAACAAGAACAAGAUAUUCAAACCAACAGGGAAGGCGAGAGAGAUUUUCUUCUCUCUCUCUUUUUUUUUUUUGUAGUUUCCAGUAAUGGAGGGCCUCAGAAACAGAGGAGUUUUCAGGGUUUCUGUUUGUGGGCAACAGGAGCUCGAGCAACUCUCUAGAGAUGGCAGUCAGUAUAGCCUCACCACCGGAGUAUUGCCGUCUCUUGGAGCUAGAAGUAACCGGAGAGUUAAGCUUCGGUGGUUUAUCAUAUCGCCCUAUGACCGUCGAUACAGGAUCUGGGAGACAUUUCUAGUUGUUUUAGUGGUUUAUACAGCUUGGGUCUCGCCGUUCGAGUUUGGAUUCCUUAAGAAACCCCAAUCGCCACUCUCAGUUACAGACAAUGUGGUUAAUGGGUUUUUUGCUGUGGAUAUUGUUCUAACAUUCUUUGUGGCUUAUCUUCAUAAAGCCACCUAUUUACUUGUGGAUGAACCAAAGAAGAUAGCUCUAAAGUAUGCACGUUCAUGGCUAAUCCUUGAUGUCAUAUCAACAAUCCCUUCCGAACUUGCUCAGAAAAUUUCCCCACCACCGCUCCGUUCCUAUGGAUUAUUCAACAUGCUUCGUUUAUGGCGUCUAAGAAGAGUCAGUGCUCUGUUUUCCAGAUUGGAAAAAGAUAAGAACUACAACUACUUCUGGGUUCGAUGUGCGAAGCUUAUUUGUGUUACUCUCUUUGCGGUUCAUUGUGCUGCAUGUUUCUAUUAUCUUAUUGCUGCUCGUAAUAGUGACCCGACUAAAACAUGGAUUGGAGCGUCUAUUGAUGACUUUCUCAAUCAAAGUUUGUGGGUUAGAUAUGUCACUUCCAUUUACUGGUCCAUCACUACCUUAACCACUGUUGGGUAUGGCGAUUUGCAUCCUGUGAAUUCAAAGGAGAUGAUUUUUGACAUUUUCUACAUGCUUUUCAAUCUUGGCUUGACAGCAUAUUUGAUUGGAAAUAUGACCAACUUAGUUGUUCAUGGCACCGGUAGAACUAGAAAAUUUAGAGAUACCAUUCAAGCGGCUUCGAGUUUCGCUCAUAGGAAUCAACUUCCUCCCCGUUUGCAAGACCAAAUGCUUGCACAUUUGUGUUUAAAGUUCAGGACUGACUCUGAAGGAUUGCAGCAGCAAGAAACUCUUGACUCCUUGCCUAAAGCCAUUCGAUCAAGCAUUUCUCAUUAUCUGUUCUAUUCUCUAGUAGACAAAGUCUACUUGUUUCGUGGUGUUUCGAAUGAUCUACUUUUUCAACUGGUUUCAGAAAUGAAGGCAGAGUACUUUCCUCCAAAGGAAGAUGUGAUUUUACAAAAUGAAGCGCCGACCGACUUUUACAUUCUUGUCACGGGUGCUGUGGAUUUGCUGGUUCUCAAGAAUGGAGUUGAACAGCUUGUUGGAGAGGCUAGAACCGGGGAUCUUUGUGGUGAGAUUGGGGUGUUAUGUUACAGGCCACAACUAUUUACGGUGCGCACGAAGCGAUUGAGUCAGUUGCUGCGUCUGAAUCGUACUGCUUUCCUUAAUAUCGUUCAAUCUAAUGUCGGCGAUGGGACCAUAAUCAUGAACAAUCUUCUUCAGCAUUUGAGGGACCUCAAAGACAAGGACCCCAUCAUGGAAGGGGUAUUGUUGGAGACAGAGAACAUGCUAGCUAGAGGCAGAAUGGACCUACCACUCAGUCUUUGCUUUGCAACACUUAGAGGAGAUGACUUGCUUUUACACCAGCUUUUGAAACGAGGUCUCGAUCCAAAUGAAUCGGACAACAACGGGCGUACUUCACUCCACAUAGCAGCAUCAAAUGGAAACGAGAACUGUGUGCUUCUGUUACUGGACUAUGGAGCAGAUCCCAAUAGCAGAGAUUCUGAUGGAAGUGUGCCAUUGUGGGAGGCGAUACUAGGUGGCCAUGAGCCAGUUAUUCAGCUACUUAUGGACAAUGGAGCUAAUCUUCGAUCGGGGGACGUGGGUCAAUUUGUGUGCACUGCUGCAGAGCAAAACAACCUCCAGUUGCUCAAGGAGAUUGUCCGAUAUGGAGGAGACGUUAGGAGUGCCAAGAUCAAUGGAACGACAGCUUUGCAUGUUGCUGUUUGUGAAGACAACAUUGAGAUUGUUAAGUUCCUUCUUCAACAAGGAGCUGAUAUUGACAAAGCUGAUGUUCAUGGAUGGACUCCAAGAGAUCUAGCAGACCAACAGGGGCAUGAAGAGAUUAAAAAUCUCUUCCAGACAACCAAAGAGUCAAAAACUCAAUCUGUCAUUGCCAUUCCCGAGAAGCAGACUGGGAUUCGCUUCCUUGGAAGAUUUACAAGCGAGCCUACGAUUCGCCCCGUACCUCAGGAAGGAAAUGAUGGUUCGUUGUCGGGUCAUUCACGUCCACGGCGUAGAACUAACAACUUCAAUAACUCAUUGUUUGGAAUCAUGUCAGCAGCUCACUCUGGUGGGAAAGACAUUCUUUUUCCUGAUAACCAAACCGGAGGAGAGCACUCAGGAACCAACCCUGCUAGGGUGAUAAUCAGCUGUCCAGAGGUUGGCGAAGUUGGUGGGAAGUUGGUGCUGCUCCCGGGUAGCUACAACGAGCUGCUCGAGAUCGGUUCCAAGAAAUAUGGGAUUGUGGGUGCAAAGGUAUUGACCAAAGAUGGAGCUGCCAUUGAAGAUAUAGAGGUCAUUAGAGACGGUGAUCAUCUUGUUUUUGUCAGCGAUGGAAAAACCAUAUAGUACUACCUUUUUGUGUUUUGUUUUCAACCAGCGAAGCCGAGGGGCGAUAUGGUAUAGAUAGGGAGAUUCGUAAAGUUCAAAUCUUGUAUAUAGUGCAUCAUUCUUUAAGCAAAUAUCUUUAAGCAAAUAUGAAUGCAUUUACCAUUUCAUGACACCCAAACUGGUGGUGAGAAAUUUGAAAUGGGACAGCUUUGGAUUC